AAAAAGUGAAGAAGGAUCAAAAUAUACUCACUGUGGACAAUGUGAAGAGUGUUCUCCAAAAUGCAUUUCCUCAUGCUAAUAUUUGGGAUAUUUUGGGAAUUCAUUCUAAAUAUGAUGAAGAAAGAACAUUCUAUGACUCCCAGCUACUUUCAGGGAUCCCCAGAUGUGUACAAAUGAGAGACUUUGAAGCUUAAGCUUCUUACUCUUCAUGAUAAACCCACUUCUGAUACACAAAUAGUAAAAUCAACCUUCGAGAAGGAGACCAGGGCUGUCUGGCCACCGAGGCAGGCUGUAGGUGUGCUGAACCCAAAUUUCUUCACCAUGGAGACCUAGGAGUUGCAACACUGGUGAAGGUUCUGGUCAAUACAGGGUUAAUUUUGCCCAGGCUCCAGAGACCACUGCUGAAGUGUGAAGGACAUAGGGCUGAGGAGGCUGGAGAAAGAAGAAUGAAUCUGCACAGGACCCUGCUCCUCUCAGGGAAGCAGAGGGAUCAUGGAAUGUAGUCUUCACUCCUGCCCCUGGAAGACUGGGUGCUUUGCUUCUGAGGAGAUAAAAGCCCAUUUAGACAAUUCUCAAUACACAUUGUUAAUAUUCUAUGAUUUCCUUUUUUCACAACAUUUUAUUUUUAAAAUUUGCAAGCCAGGGAAGUUGAAAGUCAUGUAAAGAACACCAGACACCUUCAUCCAGAUUCAACAAUUAUCCACAACACCUUGCCACCUUUGCUUUCUGUGUACUUACUCUUCUGAACCAUUUGAAAGUAAGCUGCGGUCCAGGUGUGAUGGCUCACGCCUGUAAUCCCAGCACUUUGGGAGACCAAGGCAGGCGAAUCACCUAAGGUCAGGAGUUUGAGACUAGCCUGGUCAACAUGAUGAAACCCCAUCUCUACUAAAAAUAAAAAUAAAAAAAUUAGUUGGGUUUGGUGGCAAGUGCCUGUAGUCCCAGCUACUCGGGAGGCUGAGGCAGGGGAAUUGCUUGAAUCCAGGAGAUGGAGGUUGCAGUGAGCCGAGAUUGCAUCACUGCACUCCAACCUGGGUGACAGAGUGAGACUCCGUCUCAAAUAAAUAAAUAGCAAAAAGAAAGGACUUAUCUACCAGAUAUUAGGACAUAUCAAGAAGCCAAAGUAAUAAAAUAGUGUGGGACUGGCAGAAGAAUGGAAAGAUAGCUUCACAGAUAUAUAUGAGAACUUAAUAUAAGAUGAAAACUGCAAUGAACCAAUGAGAGAAGGAGGGAUAGGUGGUGUGGAUAAAACUGGUUCAUUAUGUGGAAACAAAUAAAACUGAAUCCCUGUUUUACAUUACACAAAGAUGGACUCCAGAUGGAUUUAAGGCCUAACUAUGAAAGGUGUAUUUCUACAAUCGUGUCUGGAAUGCGUGGAGCCAGCUAUGUUUUGGAAUUCAAAAGUUUUCAAAUUUUAGAAAGGCCAUCCGAGCAUGAAACGCUGUCACCUACCCACAUCCACUGGCUGUGACGCUUGUCAAAGUGUUCUCUAUCAGCUGCAUGCCUAGACCACCAAAGCGUUCUGUCCGGACACUGUCACUGGAGAAGGCGGCGCGACAUGUCCAGGGCGCAGAUCUGGGCUCUGGUGUCUGGUGUCGGAGGGUUUGGAGCUCUCGUUGCUGCUACCACGUCCAAUGAGUGGAAAGUGACCACGCGAGCCUCCUCGGUGAUAACAGCCACUUGGGUUUACCAGGGUCUGUGGAUGAACUGCGCAGCCGGCGGCAUGGCUAGCACGGCUUCGGAGAUCAUCGCCUUCAUGGUCUCCAUCUCGGGCUGGGUACUGGUGUCCUCCACGCUGCCCACCGACUACUGGAAGGUGUCUACCAUCGACGGCACGGUCAUCACCACCGCCACCUAUUGGGCCAACCUGUGGAAGACGUGCGUUACCGACUCCACGGGCGUCUCCAACUGCAAGGACUUUCCCUCCAUGCUGGCGCUGGACGGUUAUAUCCAGGCAUGUAGAGGACUUAUGAUCGCUGCUGUCAGCCUAGGCUUCUUUGGUUCCAUAUUUGCGCUCUUUGGAAUGAAGUGUACCAAAGUCGGAGGCUCCGAUAAAGCCAAAGCUAAAAUUGCUUGUUUGGCUGGGAUUGUAUUCAUACUGUCAGGGCUGUGCUCAAUGACCGGCUGUUCCCUAUAUGCAAACAAAAUCACAACGGAAUUCUUUGAUCCUCUCUUUGUUGAGCAAAAGUAUGAAUUAGGAGCCGCUCUGUUUAUUGGAUGGGCAGGAGCCUCACUGUGCAUAAUUGGUGGUGUCAUAUUUUGCUUUUCAAUAUCUGACAACAACAAAACACCCAGAUACGCAUACAACGGGGCCACAUCUGUCAUGUCUUCUCGGACAAAGUAUCACGGUGGAGAGGAUUUUAAAACAACAAACCCUUCAAAACAGUUUGAUAAAAAUGCUUAUGUCUGAAAGAGCUCGCUGGCAAGCUGCAUCUUGAGUUUGUUAUAAAAGCGAACUGUUCACAAAAUGAUCCCAUCAAGGCCCUCUCAUAAUUAACACUCAAAACUAUUUUUAAAAUAUGCAUUUGAAGCAUCUGUUGAUUGUAUGGAUGUAAGUGUUCUUACAUAGUUAUAUACUAAUCAUUUUCUGUUUUGGCUUUCUAUAAAAAAUAAACAGGUUAUUUACAGGA